GUCUGAUUUCAGACUUAUCAUCAAUAAUAGAUGCCAGAAGACAAUGGAAUAAUAUCUUUAGUAUUGAGACAGCAUGAAUUCAGUAUCCAGAUAAGCUUAUUCCAGAAUGAGGGCAUUUUGAGGUAUCUAGAGAGUUACUGCUAACAGACCCUCACAGAAAGGACUACUAAAGGAUGUACUUCAGCAAGAGGGAAACUAAAUCCAGAAGGAAGGACUGGGAUGCAAGAAUGAAGACAUUAGUGACUAAGUAUUGUCUGUAAAUAAUUAAUAAUAAUGGGUAAUUUGGGAGUGAGAUUGAAGUUAAACAGUCUAAAGCCCACAUGUGGUUCAGGAAGAAGAAUUUAAAAUUAAAGUUCAAUCAAGUCAGAGGAAUAACAAGGACCUUUGUUAAAGAGAAAACACAAAAUAAGAUAAAACAAGUUCAAAUUAUCUGCAAUCACAGUCAAUGAAAUCUGUUAAAUUCACUAUCAGAUUGGUUAAAAUAUUAAAAAUUCAGCUAUAUUAGCUUAUUUGUAAUAGCCCCAAACUGGAAGCAACCGAAAUUUCCCAUAGACAGAAGAACGGAUAAAUUGAGGUUGAUUCAUACAAUAAAAAACUACACAAAAAGAAUGAGCUAGUGAUUCACCCAAACCACAUGAAUGAUCUUGACAACCUGUUGAGCUAAAGAAGCCAGAUCUAGGGUCCCAGUGUUGACCGGCACAAGAGAGCUUUCGGGCUGAUGGGAAUCUUAUGCCUUUAUAUUAUACUGUAUGUAAAAAUUAUAUUUCAAUAUAUAUUGCUAGAAAUUCUGGGGAUGGAUACACAACAGUGUAAAGGUACUUGAUGCCACUGAGUUGUUUCUUGAAAUUUUUAUGUAUAUUUUACCACAAUAAAAAAAAAAUUACUGGGGAGAGAAGGCCCGCUGGGAUCGUACAGAGCUGAAAACAAAGGGCGGGGGUAGCUGACAAGUCCUAACCAAAGAAGCAUGAAUGAUUAUCAGUAUCAGACAAAAGUGAAAGGAAGGUGAAACACAGGAAUAGAGACAGAACAGGAACACCAUGCAACGAGGAGAGGCAUCCAUGGAGCAGACCCCACAUCGGCUGUCAGCGGUGCAGUCUGUAAAUGCAAAAACUCAACGGUGGGGUCACAGCGCUCAAGAUCCUCAUCACGGGCGGCAUCGUGGCCACUGCUGGCCAGUUCACCCAGUGGUACUUUGGCGCCUACUCCAUUGUAGCAGGAGUGUUCGUCUGCCUGCUGGAGUAUCCCCGGGGGAAGAGGAAGAAGGGCUCCACCAUGGAGAGAUGCGGACAGAAGUACAUGACGAAAGUGGUGAAGUUGUUCGGGCCCCUCACCAGGAAUUACUACGUCCGGGCCUUCCUGCACCUUGUGCUGUCGGUACCAGCCGGCUUCCUGCUUGCCACCAUCCUGGGGACAGCCUGCUUGGCCAUAGCGAGUGGCAUCUAUCUGCUGGCGGCCACCCGUGGUGAGCAGUGGACUCCCAUCGAGUCCAAGCCUAAGGAGCGGCCGCAGGUGGGGGGUACCAUCAAGCAGCCACCCAGCAACCCCCCACCCCGGCCCCCAGCCGAGGCCCGCAAGAAGCCCAGUGAGGAGGAAGACGAGGCGGCAGCAGGCGUCUCCAGUGGCCCCCAGGAAAACCCUAUCCCAGUGACCGAUGAGGUUGUGUGAACUACUCCGAGUGGCUGCUGUCUCGUGUCGCUUUUCGGGGGGGGGUCCCCACCCAGACCCCAAAGGUACCUCCUUGCCUGCCCUGCGGAACCACAGGCCCUCUCUUGGUGUCAUUCCCAGAAGCCUAUCUUUUCUCAAUGGUACUUGAAAUCACAAGCAUCUUUUAUUCCAUGAAAUAUAGUUUCUGAAAUUCCAA